AUGCCACCAGACCAAUCCGAGGAUGUCGCUGCUCGGCAGCCUCUUCUCUCUGAGCGUGACGAGAAUGUCUCGUCCGACGCGUCGCGUGAGUCUCGGACCCGAGGAACAUUUACUCGUAACCUCGGUGCCGCUGAAGCAUUCGGUAUCGUCGUAAGCAUCGUUAUCGGAAGUGGGGUAUUCACAUCUCCCGGAUCUAUCGACACGAAUGUUCCGUCACCUGGUAUUGCUUUGGCUAUCUGGCUCGUUGGGGGUAUACUGGCUUGGUCCGGGGCCACGACGUUUGCUGAGCUCGGCACGGCUAUUCCAGGUGAAGGUGGUGUCCAGCCAUAUCUUCAGCAUAUCUACGGCGACAUCUGGGGCUUCCUUGCAGGCUGGACAUGGAUCGUCGCCGUCAUGCCUGCGACUCUCGCAAUUCUCAGUAUUGUCUUUGUCGAGAGCGCUUACUCAGCCGCCGGCGUCAUCAACGAGGAUGACCGUAUAGAGCACAAGCUUCUCUCCAUCCUUGUUCUCGUUGUCAUGAGCGUUGCAAACUCCAUCAGCACAAAGGCUAGUACGCGUCUCAACGGCUUCUUUGUGGUGCUCAAAUUUCUGAGUAUCCUUGUUGUGGUAGUCGUUGCUCUUGCUGUAGUGGGCGUUCACGUGGCGCAUCCCAACAAGGAAGUUGGCGGAGGCGAUUGGUACAAGAAAUCGUGGUUCAAGUAUCGUGAUACGUAUAACCCUAAUGGACCGGAUACCGAUUGGACUUUGUGGGCUUACUCGGGUUGGGACAAGGCUAUCUAUGUAUCUGCUGAGCUUUCACAGCCUGCUAGGCAACUCCCUCUUGCCAUCAACACAUCCAUUCCAACAGCUAUUAUCUGUUUCUUGGCCGCCAACGCCGGAUACUACAUUCUUCUUCCUUGGAAUAUCGUCAGCACCACAGAUAGUGUAGCAGUAACAGCCAUAACACGUCUUCUUGGCCAGGGCUUUGGUAUUGUUACGGCUAUACUCAUCUGUCUAGUUGUUGCAGGCUCUCUGCUAGGCAACUCCUUCGUCGCAAGCCGAAUGUGCGUUGCCGCAGCGAGAAAGGACUGGAUCCCGAGUCUUUUCACCAUCGUUGGACGAGUUGGCUUGAAACCUGCUGAGGAGGAAACUGCUGCAGCUGAUGAACAAUCCAAGGAUACUGGUGAUGCACCGAUAAACGCUGUUAUCCUUUCAGUUAUUCUUGCCAGCUUUUACAUCCUGUUUGGCAGUUUCAGAGCACUCCUAACUCUUAAUGGUCUUGGAGAAUACUCUUUCUUCUUCCUCACUGUUCUCGGAGCUAUUAUUCUUCGGUACCGCGAGCCUGAUUUGGAGCGUCCUUACAAGACCUUUUCCAUCAACCCCAUCGUGUUUGUCAUUGUUAGCGGUUUCGUUGUUGUUAGAGGUGCUAUCUUUGCACCUGUGCAGGCAGUUGUGAUCAUGGCCAUCUGGGUCCUGGGUCUUGUUUUCUACAAGGCGCGUCAGUAUUGGGCUUCUAGGUCGCAGAAAAGAUUAGUAGGAAGCUACAAGUCUCUGGUUGAGUCUGUUAUUUCCCCACUUCUUCUUCCUUCAACACAGCUUGCGAAACACCCAACCCAGGCAGUUGAUAGCGCAUCUCUCGUCAUUUACACAUCCAUUCGCUUACCAUGGACUACCGUUAGGGGGAAGACGGUUGCGCAAUUUGUGGUACUAAGUUAUGGCAUCUUCUUGGACAUACGCCGGAAGACUGGCAGGCCUGAGUCCCGAGGCAGACGAUGGCUAUUCCGACGAGCUGCUCACAUGUGGAAAUACGAUCCCUUCGAUAUCCCUGACCUAACGUCUCGUCUACUGGAGAAUGUAAAGUACAGGCUUGUGUCACCGUCAGCUGAAAGCUCUCGAUUUUGCAACAACCUCUCGAGUCUGCCUCAAGAACUCCUGGGCGGAAUCACAGAUUAUCUCCAGUGCACAACCGAGCCCCUGGGCUUGCAACCCACAUACCUAUUACCUCAGCACUUGUGGAAGCAGCUCAUCGUCAAGAUACCGUUCAUUUGGGAUAUAGACGUGGAACAACUUGAACAGCCCUCCUAUUGCUCUAUUGAUAGCGAUAGCAUCAGGGAAUGUGACUGGGAGCUCUUGUUCCGGUAG